CUCAGUCUGUGUCUUUAACCGUCUGUCAUUAUUCAGUCAGUAUGGAGCUCAGUCAACUUCCUCUUGUGCUCUUGCUGAUUUCAAACAUCCACUCAGGACACACUGAAGUUAAAGUCCAGUUAAGUGUUUCUCCUCAGAAGUGGUUGACUGAAGGAGAUCCAGUGACUCUGAUCUGUGAGGUUAAAGGCUCCUCUACAGGCUGGACAUUCAGCUGGUUCACUGAAACUGUAACUGACUCAUCAGACUUCAAAGAUCGUUAUAAGCUGCUCUCAGACAGCAGCAGAGGAGCUGGAGGAAAAUACACUGUCAGUUCUGCUACUGUAAAUCACACUGGAGUUUAUGUGUGUGGAGCAGAGAGAGAAAAAACAGCCUAUAAAUCAUUGUACAGCAACACACAACCACUGUGGGUCACUGCUGUAAUUGUCUUGUCAGGUGUUUCUCCUCCAGUCUCUCUGAUCAUCAGUCCCAGCAGAACUCAACACUUCAAAUUAGUCUCUCUCUCUCUGAGCUGUGAGGACCAGAGUAACUCUGAUGGAUGGACAGUCAGAAGAUACACAGACAGUUGGGGUUGGCUGGAAGAUUGUUCAUUAUCACGCUGGGGAUCACAAACAGGAUCUACAUGUACAAUCAGCUCCACCAUCCCAGAGGACACUGGAGUGUACUGGUGUCAGUCUGAAUCUGGAGAGAAAUAUCAUCCUGUUAAUAUCACUGUACAAACUGCUGUGAUUCUGGAGAGUCCUGUUCAUCCUGUGACUGAAGGAGAUACUCUGACUCUACGCUGUUUAUAUCAGUUUCCACCCCCAUCAAUCCUCAGAGCUGAUUUCUAUAAAGAUGGAUCACUUAUCCAGAAUCAAACUACAGAGAUGAUCAUCUCUACUGUCUCAAAGUCACAUGAGGGUUUCUACUACUGCAAACACCCAGAGAGAGGAGAGUCGCCCAAGAGCUGGAUCUCAGUCAGAGCUGCUGUGAUUCUGGAGAGUCCUGUUCAUCCUGUGACUGAAGGAGAUAGUCUGACUCUACGCUGUUUAUAUCAACAUAGAAACCCUUCAAUCCUCAGAGCUGAUUUCUAUAAAGAUGGAUCACUCAUCCAGAAUCAAACUACAGAGAUGAUCAUCUCUACUGUCUCAAAGUCACAUGAGGGUUUCUACUACUGCAAACACCCAGAGAGAGGAGAGUCGCUCAAGAGCUGGAUCUCAGUCAGAGUUGGUGUGAUUCUGGAGAGUCCUGUUCAUCCUGUGACUGAAGGAGAUACUCUGACUCUACGCUGUUUAGAUAAGUUUGCAAACACAUCAAACCCCAGAGCUGAUUUCUAUAAAGAUGGAUCACUCAUCCAGAAUCAAACUACAGAGAUGAUCAUCUCUACUGUCUCAAAGUCACAUGAGGGUUUCUACUACUGCAAACACCCAGAGACUAAGAAAGAGUCGACCAAGAGCUGGAUCUCAGUCAGAGAAAGACCAAAACCCAAAGUGAUCAUUAAACCUGAUCAACAUGUAUUCAGUGGAGAGACAGUCACUCUCAGAUGUGACAUUGAUGCUGAAGGAGUCACUAGAUGGCGGUUCAACUGGUAUAAAGAAGGUUCAACCAGUGUUUUCAGUGAACAUCAGGAACACACAUUCAGGUCUGUUACUGAGUCUGAUGCAGGUAAAUACUCCUGUAAUGGAUCAGACACUGAAGGAUCACACAGAUCACACAUCAGUGAUGAAGUUACACUGACAGUAUCAGAAAGACCAAAACCCAAAGUGAUCAUUAAACCUGAUCAACAUGUAUUCAGUGGAGAGACAGUCACUCUCAGAUGUGACAUUGAUGCUGAAGGAGUCACUAGCUGGCGGUUCAACUGGUAUAAAGAAGGUUCAACCAGUGUUUUCAGUGAACAUCAGGAACACACAUUCAGGUCUGUUACUGAGUCUGAUGCAGGUAAAUACUCCUGUAAUGGAUCAGACACUGAAGGAUCACACAGAUCACACAUCAGUGAUGAAGUUACACUGACAGUAUCAGAUAAAGUCCAGUUAAGUGUUUCUCCUCAGAAGUGGUUGACUGAAGGAGAUCCAGUGACUCUGAUCUGUGAGGUUAACGGCUCCUCUACAGGCUGGACAUUCAGCUGGUUCACUGUAACUCUCUCAUCAGACUUCAGAGAUCGUUAUCAGCUGCUCUCAGACAGCAGCAGAGGAGCUGGAGGAAAAUACACUGUCAGUUCUGCUGCUGUAAAUCACACUGGAGUUUAUGUGUGUGGAGCAAAGAGAGAAAAAACAGCCUAUAAAACAUUGUACAGCAACAAACAACCACUGUGGGUCACUGGUGUUUCUCCUCCAGUCUCUCUGAUCAUCAGUCCCAGCAGAACUCAACACUUCACAUCUGUCUCUCUCUCUCUGAGCUGUGAGGACCAGAGUAACUCUGAUGGAUGGACAGUCAGAAGAUACACAGACAGUUGGGGGCUGGAAGAUUGUUCAUCAUCAGUGUCUGGAUCACAAACAGGAUCUACAUGUACAAUCAGUUCCACCAUCACCUCACACACUGGAGUGUACUGGUGUCAGUCUGAAUCUGGAGAGAAAUAUCAUCCUGUUAAUAUCACUGUACAAAUUGGUGUGAUUCUGGAGAGUCCUGUUCAUCCUGUGACUGAAGGAGAUACUCUGACUCUACGCUGUUUAUAUCAGUUUGCAACCCCAUCAAUCCUCAGAGCUGAUUUCUAUAAAGAUGGAUCACUCAUCCAGAAUCAAACUACAGAGAUGAUCAUCUCUACUGUCUCAAAGUCACAUGAGGGUUUCUACUACUGCAAACACCCAGAGAGAGGAGAGUCGCCCAAGAGCUGGAUCUCAGUCAGAGAAAGACCAAAACCCAAAGUGAUCAUUAAACCUGAUCAACAUGUAUUCAGUGGAGAGACAGUCACUCUCAGAUGUGACAUUGAUGUUGAAGGAGUCACUAGAUGGCGGUUCAACUGGUAUAAAGAAGGUUCAACCAGUGUUUUCAGUGAACUACAGGAACACACAUUCAGGUCUGUUAAUGAGUCUGAUGCAGGUAAAUACUCCUGUAAUGGAUCAGACACUGAAGGAUCACGCAGAUCAAACAUCAGUGAUGAAGUUACACUGACAGUAUCAGUUGGUGUGAUUCUGGAGAGUCCUGUUCAUCCUGUGACUGAAGGAGAUACUCUGACUCUACGCUGUUUAAAUAAGUCUGCAACCCCAUCAAUCGUCAGAGCUGAUUUCUAUAAAGAUGGAUCACUCAUCCAGAGUCAAACUACAGAGAUGAUCAUCUCUACUGUCUCAAAGUCACAUGAGGGUUUCUACUACUGCAAACACCCAGAGAGAGGAGAGUCGCCCAAGAGCUGGAUCUCAGUCAGAGCAUCAGGAUCUGAUGGUCUGAUAAUUGGAGUGACUGCAGGACUGACAGCUGUAUUUUUGAUCAUUGUCUUCUUGGUCCUGCUGUGGCGCUUCAGAAACAACAAAGGUGGAAGAUCUGAGUCUCCCUCUGCUGUCAGUCAACAGCAGAACAUCAGUCAGACAUCAGAGCAGAACCAGAGUGAAGCCGGAUACAACACACCGCUGUCUGGAACUGCACAUGUCUAUGACUCAGUUGCUAUUAAUAAAGACAUAAGCACAGACGGUGUAAGUGAGAUCACAUAUGCUGAGGUUGAACUCAAAUCUACAAACAAACAGAAGAAAGAGAAAGAAAACAAAGACAAAAACACUGAGAGUUGUGACGUCCUGUACUCUAAACUGAAGCUGGAAACAGAUCAAGGUGCUGGAUCUAGUGAUGCGACGUAUGCUCAGGUUAUAUAAAUACCCGGAGGAGAAACUUCAAUCCCAGGAUGCUGAUGAGUUUACUGAAGGAUCACUUGAAGGCAAUAGAUUUACCAGAACUGACUGUAAUAUUAGUAAGCCUUCAUGUGCUUCAGAUACAACCCCAAUUCCAGAAAAGUUGGAAUCUGUGAUUUGUUGAUUCUCUUUAACAUUUAUUUAACUGACAGUUGGGACAGAAGCAUGUUUACCACUGUGUCACAUCACCUUUCCUUUCAAUUACAAUUUUUAAUCAUUUGCGAAAUGAGAAUACUAAUUAUUCCAAUUUUGCAAGUGGAUUUUUUACUCAAUCUCACCUGAUACAAGUCAGCUGCUCAACAGUCUGUGGUCAUCUUUGUCUGAUUCUCCUUUUCAUGAUGGACCAUUUUCAAUAAGAGACAGAUCUGGACUGCAGUCAGUCAGACACAUCCACUGUACGGUGUAGAGUGUCUAGAAACCACUCUGAUGAACAGAAUGAGUUCUGGCUUUGUCGUGCUUCCCAGGAAAGAUGUCAUAUUGAUGGCAGUUUAUGUCUCUGUACAAUCCAAAUAUAUGCGUCCACGUCAAUGAUUCCUUCACACAAAUGCAAGUCACACCUAUAUCAUGACAGAUGCUCCCUUUCGUCUUUGGGACUGAGAACUCAAUGUCUGUUUUUUUUCCAAAAACAAGCUGAAACAUGGACUCUGACCACAGCACACAUUUCCACUGUCUUUUGGAUCAUCUGAGAUGAGCUUGGGCCAGAGAACUCUGUGGCAUGAAACUCUGUUUCUCAUGCAGUGCCAUCUGAGGGUUUGAAGGUCACACACAUUUAACAGAGGUGUCCUACCUUGCCCUAUACAGACUGAGAUUUCUCUUGAUUCCCUGAAUCUUUUUACAAUAUUAUGUAUGGUAGAUGGUGAAAGACAAAUUAUUUGCAAUCUUGCAUUGAGAAAUGUGAUUUUUGAAUUGUCCGACAAUUCUCUCAUGAUAUUUGGCACAAAGUGGUGAGCCAUGAACCAUCUUUUCUUGCAAAGACUGAGAAGCUCUUUUACACCCAAACAUUAUACCCUCACUUAUUACCAAUUCAUCUGCUGAUUGUGGACUGUUAAAAAAAAAAACAGUGUAACUUGAUUAUAAUCUUUUCACUUUUAUUUUGCCUCUGUACUAACUUUUUUGGAGUGUGUUGCAGCCAUCAAAAUCAAAAUUUGUUUAUAUUUACAAAAUACAAUUAUAUUGGUCAGUGAAAACAUCAGAAAUCUUUUCUUUGUACUUUUGUCAGUUAAAAAAAGAUUCAAGGGAAUUAACAAAUCACAGAUUAUGGUUUUUAUUGCAUUUUACAAAAUGUCCUAUCUUUUCUGGUAUUGGGGUUGUACAAUGUUAAUCUCUGAAAAGCAAUGAGAAGAUUAUUCAUUAGAAAAAAGUCAACGUAUUGGUUAAUACCAGCAGCAGCAGCUGAUCAUUUGACAACUGAGGGAACAGAAUAUUCAGUGAAAGACUAUUUCUGUUCAGACUGUUGAGUAAGUGACCAAGUUUCCUUUUUUCUUUUCUGUCUUCUUGGUUUAAAUGUAUUUCUAUAGGUUCAUAUGAUCAUGGACACAUCAGGUCCAGAAAAGUUUUCUUUAAAUGUAUAUGUACAUAGCCUAGUGAAACUACUUUUUUUUUUUUUUUAAAUAUUCCAUUGUCUAGAAAUCUAGAAAUAGCUCUUCAUGCAUGCAGUCUUAAAAAACCUUAUACAGUAAUCACAAACAAAUGAGGAAAAAAACAACAACAUCGAAAUACAUUAGUCACAAGGUUAUAUAGCUUGCUUGUUUGUCUUGUGCUAUUUAUGUUCUUUUUUGUUUUUGUUUAUUUGAGUGUAUCAGAAAUUUUUUCUCAGUAUUAUAUACACUGCUGUUCAAAAGCUUGGGGUAAGAUUCUUAUAUAUGUAUAUAUAAUCAGGGGCAUUUCCUCCAAGGAGGCAAGGGAGGCAGUGCCUCCUCAAAAAAAAUAGGAUGAGAAAAUAAUCCAUAUUACAUAUAAAACAACACAAAUAUUACAAAUUACGACAUUAAAAAGAGUGCAAGUCACUCGUAUUUCUUAAGGAACACUGCCCAACAGCGACACCCGCAGGUAAAGUUACAGCAGGAGUCAUGCCUCCCUUUGCUCUCAUAGAAAACCAUAGAAAAUCAUCAGACCCCGGCAUGCGGUGGGUUUUGUGGGGGUAAUUGAGAAUGAAUGGGGGAAAGUCACGUGAGAGGAGGCAAUGUCUCCAUUUCGCUGUGAUUGGAUGUAAUUGGUUAUGAUUGGAUACGAUUGGUUUGUGCGAUAAAUCCCGCCUCUUGUUUAUGUGCACGUUCCGCGCGUCAGUUUGAAUGAACAAAUAAUGGCGUCAAUGGGAAGACUAAUUGAAAAGUAAGUAAACAGAUCACCCAGUUAGAUAUCACCGCUUUAUGUCACGUCAAAAUACAAAUUUGAAAUGGACUGAGAAUAUGAUUUUUAGUGCAAUCAGCUGGUGAAAUUAAAAAUACAUCUUCGUGUCUGUGACAGACGGUGUUUACGGAGCAUGACUGGUGAUCCGAAAUAGACUAAGUUGACUAUUAAAAAGAAAAACAUCAAUACACAAAUAAAAUAUAUUGUUUAAAUUGUUACAGCCUUUAGUUAUUAUUUUGGAAUUAAUGUAGAAAUGCUUAAAACACUAACUUGAUGAGAUUGUUUUGGUUUUGAUAAAUAGAACAUUUAUUACAAUACAUUGUUAAUGUAAAAUUACAAAAUAAAAUUGUAUUUGGUUUCUUUUUUUCUUUUUUGAUGUAAUGUAAAGUAAUGUUCAUUUAACAAGGAAGAUGUGUCAACGUUAAGAGUAAUGCACAUGAAUUUACAUUUGAUUCAUAAAUAAAUAAAAAAUGCCUCCUCAUUUCAGAA